ACAGUCUGUGGUGUUAACCCAUGUAAGCGGAUGUUGACUGUUAUCAGAGGGUCGGAGCUGAUAUUAACUUCAGUCUCACCGCGGACGGGCUGCGUUUCCUUCAUAAACAGGUACAUUUGCUUUCAGCACUUUGACAGCUUUACCAUUAUCGUGCCAGUAUCUAGAGAUGCUAUAGACAUAUAGUAUACAGUAUUCUUCUCUUUAGGGGCAUUAAUUUCAGUCUAAUGAUUCUCUGCCUUGAAUGGCGACGCUUGAUAGCUCACGACAGCUAGCAACACGCUGUGCUUUGAGGUUAGCUAAACAAACACAUCUCUGUCCACCAAGUUUUCUCACCAGCUGGAUACAAACAUGAUAUCACUGCCAGUUAUUUUUAUAUAUUAUUUGUGAAAACCUACGUGAGGAAAUACAAGUUUCUUCGACCUGCUGAUUAGUACAACACACAUAACGCCUCGUCCCUGUUGCCGUUAGCUCCAGUCACCUAACGGUAAUAACAGGAAUGAUAAAUACAUAUAAUUGAUACGCGCUUCACACAGUGAGGUGAUAUCAGCGCCGUUUUUCACUGGCAUCGAUUACGCAACUAAGUUAUUCAGGGUUAGUUGUGCAAGUGGCUUUGAGCUGGAUUAUCUGGGAAAGGAUUAAAAAAACAACAGCUAGCUAGCCAGUUUGUUAGCAGGGAGCGUUAGCUUCCAUUUAGGUAAAUUCAUUGCAGUAAAUCGAGCUUAUCACUUAACACAGUGGUUCUCAACUGGUCUCACUCUGGGACAUACAUUUUCCCAUGGUCCUUAAGUCGCAACCCACUUUCAUAGAAUUCAAACCAAGCGAAUAAAUCUUUUUUAAUUAAAAAAAAAAAGCUUUAAAGACUCUAAACUUUAACAUAAACCCACUUGUUUUAUUGAGUAAAGUGCAUUUUAGAGCACAUGAAGAGGACAGCAUGAGGACGACAACUACUGAAGUUGCGUAUACAGAAAAUUUUGAGUAUCUAAUAAAUAUCACAUUAAGUAUUUACUUUUUUUUGACCAGCUGUUCGUGACCCAUUCAGAACGUGUUUGCGACACACUUUUGGCUCGGACCCACCAGUUGAGAACCACUGACUUAACACACGUCAACAUGUGUGCUUAUCUGCAUUUAGGUUAAUCUUCACGGUGUUUUGGGUUUAAUGACAUUAUUUAGUUGUUGUUGAUCAAUUCUGUCCUCCUCAGCUCAGCUAUUAAAGGAGCACUUUCAUGACUGUUAUUGGUGAGAAAACAGCUCUUUUUCCAGUCUGAGUCACAUCCUUUAGUAAUUAUGGUAAUGUUCAUGUUGUUGAGUUUAUUACUUUCCCUUCAGAAGUUAACACAACUUGCUUAUCUAACAGCAGUCAGGAGCAUAUCUUUAUAAUUCAGUCCUGUUGUAGCUACAGUUUCGUUUGUGAAAAAUCUAAUAUUUACCCACUGGUUUUAGAAAUAAUAAACACUGUCAUAAAUUCAACUUUAUGAAGCUUAUACUUUUUUAGUUUUCGAUGAUAUGGUCAGACAGGUGACAGUCGUAGUGGGUGUUGUUGGUGUCCCAGAGUUGAACAUAUUUAAAGGUGUCCCUAAUACAAAUACUCCAGGACCCCAACACCAACAAACUCACAAUUUUUUGGUUAAAUACAAAUUAUAAUCCACAAUACAAUCUUGCUCCACACAAACUGAGGAAUGUUGUUUCUUUUGAAAACAAGGCCAUUACACACCCUCUUUUUUUCCUGUUACAUCUUUCUUGCCACAGUCAUUUAAUCUUUUCAGUUAUAUUGCCCAGCCCUACCGCAGGUUAACUGGUAUUCUGAAAUGUUAUGUUGAGGUUUGUUGAAAGCUGCUCUCAGCCGCAGCAUGCAUUAUUUAUCCGGAGAGAGAAAUCAAAUUCCUGCAGGAACUCGAACCCUGAACCAGAGAGCUCUCACCGCUGUUGUCGCUGUUAACAUUUUGUGAUUUUUUUCAUCUUCCUUCAAACCAUUUUGCAUCAAUCAGUUUGUUCUAGACGCCUCCCUAUCUUCCUCAGUUGUUCUGACCUUUAUGGUGCUCAAACAAAGCUCUUGAUUAGCCUUGGUGGCGGUUGAUGGAACAUUUUAUGGCUUGUGAGAUGUUUGUCAGAGAGUAAUAAGCUUUGGUUCCCCCUUUUUUUUUAUAUCACACAGAGCUAAAGUCCACAGAGCGCUUUGAGCAGCAUUUUCAACGCCUUUUUCCAAAUACUCAUCUGGCCAGUAUGUCCAAUGAUCCUCCUCCUCCAUACCCUGGAGGUCCCAGCGCCCCGCUCAUUGAGGAGAAGAAUGGACAACCAGGUAUGUUUGUAUUCAUUUCAGUUGGGGUUGCCUCAGUGUCUGAAAUUAUUGUGGAUUACUUUGCGAUUUGUUCGUUUUUAUUUGUGAUCAUCAAAAUGUGGGGAAUAGAACCUCACAAUUUUUAGUUUGUACAAGUUAGUUUUCAAUCAUCAUGCCUCGAAUAAACCACAGAGAUUUAAAGAUGUUUUUGAUUGCCUGCUUGAGUUUGAAACAUUUCUACACCUGUCAUCUUCUUCACAUGUGGGGCAGCCCCUGUAAGAACUGCACCUAUACAGGGACAGCCGUUACCUCCAGACUAUGGUCCUCCACCUUAUGAGGCCCCGGGGCCUGGCUUCCUUCCCCCACACGUCCCUGGAGAAGGACCCAUGCCAAUGCCAAUGCCUCCACCCCCACCAGGUAUCGCACACAGUCUCUAGACUCCAAAAGUGCUUCUGCUUGUGAUCAAGUUGUUGCUGGUAAUUCAGUUAUCAUGAGACAAAACUAGCUCAUAUUUGAACCAACAUAUUAGUAAAAGCUGAUCUCUGUCAACAGUAAAUUGAGUGUAAUGUCCUUCUGUACAGGGGGGCACUAUCCACCUCCACCUGGUCACUACCCUCACCCGAUGCCUGGACAGAUGGGUCCAGGUCCUGGUCAUUUUGUCCACAUGGGAGGCCACACAGCAACCGUCCUGGCUCCUCCAGGAGCAGCCACCACUGUGACCGUACUGCAGGGGGAAAUGUUCCAGACCUCGCCGGUGCAGACCGUGUGUCCGCACUGCCAGCAGGCCAUCGUCACCCGCAUCUCCCACGAUGUCGGACUCAUGAACACACUCUUUUGCCUCUUCUGCUUCUUUGUAGGGUGAGUAGAUAAGGGGCCAAGGAGAACAUGGGUCACGUGGCCUGCUGUUUGUCAGGGUUUUGUUACAUUAACAACCCUGCUUUAUGAUUAUGUUUCAAACACGUUAGACUUUUCAAAUCUGGUGUUUUUUGUCUUUUAAAAUGAGCUUGACCCACACAGCCAUAACAUUCUGAUCAUUUGCCUUAUACUGUAUAAGCCCACAUCCAGUUCGGACAGAACCAGCCAAAGCACCCCUGACCUGAUGAGACACGGACCUUAAGUCAGCAGCAGAUCCUUUUAGUCCCUAAACUUGUGAGUCGGGGUCUCCAUGGAUAAGAUUGGUUGUCCAGCAUAAACAGAGGAAUCUGGGGAAUUCAGCGGUCCAGUCAACACCUUGAACUCAUCAUCAUUAUGUUCCUCCAGGCCACCUUCUAUUCAUCGCUUCACAGUCUAGAUCUGGAACACUGGCUAGUCUGACACCUUCCUCUCAAAACCAGCUUUCACUUUUUCCAGUUUGAGCUCUUGGAGCUCUUCUGUUGAAUCAGGCUACAUGGACCAGCUUUAACUCCCUACAUACAUAAAUGAGGGUUGUCCUGUGAUCCUGUUGAUGGUUCACUACCUCACAAAAGCUGCUGUCUCGGACACACUCUGAUCCAGGCAUCUUGCCAUGAUAGUUUGGUCAAAAUAUUUGGCUCUCAUCCUUAUUAAAACAGCCUGCUUCCCUGUGUUUAAUGAUCUACUUCAAGGACACAGUGUUCAUUUGCUGCCUAACACGUCCCACCCACUGACAGGUGCCACUGUAAAGAGAUCAUCUCUUGGCCCAUUUUAAGGGGGGAUUUUUGCACCUCCGGUGGGUCUCAACUGCAAUGUGUAACUCAUGGAGGCAUAAGGCUGGGGCAAAGUCGAUCUUCCCUUGGAGGUAGUAACAGAGGCGUAAUAGGAGGAAGAAGGCGGACAUGUUUAGUUAGCAGGGAGGAUCAGCGCUCCCUCUGUGUUUUCAAGCUGUGCCUCCUGUGUUUCCACAGUGUUGUGAUGCAAUGUGUAAUCACACACUGGGUCACCAAUUUUAAAGCAUUUCAGGGAGCAGAGUGUGAAGAUGGAGUGAUGGAGGAACUCGGUUCAAGCUGUGGUUCACAGUUGUAGUGUUUAAGAGGCUGAUGAUGUUGACUUCAACCACCAGUAGUAGAUGUACACUCACCGGCCACUUUAUUAGGUACACCAUGCUAGUAACGGGUUGGACCCCCUUUUGCCUUCAGAACUGCCUCAAUUCUUCGUGGCAUAGAUUCAACAAGGUGCUGGAAGCAUUCCUCAGAGAGCUUGGUCCAUAUUGACAUGAUGGCAUCACACAGUUGCUGCAGAUUUGUCGGCUGCACAUCCAUGAUGCGAAUCUCCCGUUCCACCACAUCCCAAAGAUGCUCUAUUGAAUUGAGAUCUGGUGACUGUGGAGGCCAUUUGAGUACAGUGAACUCAUUGUCAUGUUCAAGAAACCAGUCUGAGAUGAUUCCAGCUUUAUGACAUGGCGCAUUAUCCUGCUGAAAGUAGCCAUCAGAAGUUGGGUACAUUGUGGUCAUAAAGGGAUGGACAUGGUCAGCAACAAUACUCAGGUAGGCUGUGGCGUUGCAACGAUGCUCAAUUGGUACCAAGGGGCCCAAAGAGUGCCAAGAAAAUAUUCCCCACACCAUGACACCACCACCACCAGCCUGAACCGUUGAUACAAGGCAGGAUGGAUCCAUGCUUUCAUGUUGUUGACACCAAAUUCUGACCCUACCAUCCGAAUGUCGCAGCAGAAAUCGAGACUCAUCAGACCAGGCAACGUUUUUCCAAUCUUCUAUUGUCCAAUUUCGAUGAGCUUGUGCAAAUUGUAGCCUCAGUUUCCUGUUCUUAGCUGAAAGGAGUGGCACCCGGCGUGGUCUUCUGCUGCUGUAGCCCAUCUGCCUCAAAGUUCGACGUACUGUGCGUUCAGAGAUGCUCUUCUGCCUACCUUGGUUGUAACGGGUGGUUAUUUGAGUCACUGUUGCCUUUCUAUCAGCUCGAACCAGUCUGGCCAUUCUCCUCUGACCUCUGGCAUCAACAAGGCAUUUCCGCCCACAGAACUGCCGCUCACUGGAUAUUUUUUCUUUUUCGGACCAUUCUCUGUAAACCCUAGAGAUGGUUGUGCGUGAAAAUCCCAGUAGAUCAGCAGUUUCUGAAAUACUCAGACCAGCCCUUCUGGCACCAACAACCAUGCCACGUUCAAAGUCACUCAAAUCACUUUUCUUCCCCAUACUGAUGCUCGGUUUGAACUGCAGGAGAUUGUCUUGACCAUGUCUACAUGCCUAAAUGCACUAAGUUGCCGCCAUGUGAUUGGCUGAUUAGAAAUUAAGUGUUAACGAGCAGUUGGACAGGUGUACCUAAUAAAGUGGCCGGUGAGUGUAUAUACUGGUGUGUGUGAAAUCCAGAGUGAAGCAUUUAUCCCAGAAGAUGGCACUAUAAUCCAGCAGUUCAAAUUGGAUUCCCAACUUACAAGUUCAACACCACACAAAGGAAAAUUUGUUUGGUGUUAAACUUGUGGUCAGCUGCUUUCGGGGCUAAAUAUGUAAAGAGAUCUGAUGUUUGGCUGCUGGUCACCAAAGCAAAAGACAAGGAGGAAGUUAAGAUACAACUACAAGUAUCAACAGUGGAACCAAAAGGCUGAUUUUUAAGGAGGCUCAAUAAUGAUAUCGGUGUUGAUCAAGAUUAACCGUCCCUGAUCAUGACCAAGUGCAACAUCACCAACCUUACACAAUGGUUACAAAACACAACGUGUGACCUGGUUUAAGGAUAGACGUGUGCAAGGCAGGGUCAGCGCAUCUACGAGAUAUCAGUCGCCUCUAUUUUGUGUUUGUUUUUCUUAACUGCAUUUCUUAAAAAUCUGUCCUUCUUUGUUUCAAGAGUGGUGUUAAUUAUCACCAAAUUGUGUGGAGAAAUAUCUCAGGAUUAAAUAUACCGGGAUUUUUUCCCUGCACUUGACCAGUUUUUAUGCAAAUCAUGGGCAUCGGUUUAUGGUGUGCCACAUGCAAAUAAACAAGGUUCUGUGGAAGACAACAUAACCUAGCUGAUGUCAUUCAAACAGUUUUUGCUGGAGUAGUAUGCAUGCUAAACUUCAGUUUUUCUGUUAUCUGUGUAUGUUGCCUUCAGAGGUGAUCAAGUACAUUGACAAGAACUGUGUCAUUCCAGCUGCCUGUGUCACAAUAGUUGACUUCUGCCUGUUUACGCAAUAUUCUCCAGUUCUUCCUUCUGUAGGUGAAUUUCUUUGCAACAGUAUUGAAUGUCUUUUCCUCUUUUCUUUUCUUUUUUUUAGGUGUGAUCUUGGCUGCUGCUUGAUUCCCUGUCUGAUUGACGACCUCAAGGAUGUGACACACACCUGCCCUUACUGCAAGGGUUACAUCUACACAUAUAAACGUAUAUGCUAACCACCGACGGCUGUAUGCUCCAGAGACAUGCACAUGCACACACACACAUACACUCACAGACCCUCCUGCUGGUAGUGACAGGCUUCUCCCCCCUCCUCCAUUUUUGCAAAGUGUUGUGUAGCCCUCUUAAAUUGUAAGUGCAGUUUUCUCAUUAGUUCACACUAUAUUUACUGUAUAUAUCUUUCAGCCGAAUUCUUUCAUGUAUAAAUAUGCAUUUGAAAUGUACAGAUCUCACUGAUCAGAUAAUGUAGAGCACCAAAUCAUCCACAGAGAUGGAUAGGCAGCAGGCACAGGUGCGUCUGAUCUUUUAUUGGAAACCUGAGGAGACAGCUGAUAAUGUCCCCGAUCAUGGAGACAGUCUCACCUGAGGAGACAGCUUAUAAUGUCACGCAUGUUAAUGGAAAAAAAAAAACACUCUGUAUAAACAAGCAGCCUUAGCUAGAGAAAGCUGUGAAAAAUGGUCACUUUAUUUGCAAUCACCUGUGAAUCCUGCCGAGAAGGAAGCGUAUUCAUUUAAAUAUGCUGGUUUAGCUUUGUGUUCUUUAAUUUAUUGAAAAUAUUUAAUCCAAUAUUUUAACAAGCUAAUAUUUAGAACUGUGAACACCUUAUUUGUCUGUCUGAUAACCGUCUUCUAACAGACCUGUUUUUUUUUUCCUUUUAUUAUUACCCCUUUUGAAUGUUAUCACACUAACAAACCAUUUUUAGGCCAGUGAGCUGGUGUCUUUUGUUUGUUUUCAGGACGACCAGGAUUGAUUUAACUUUCUCUAACUUAUAUUACUCUCCUGGGCUUCAGUUAUUAGUUAUAUGACUUAGUGGUUUAUUGUUGAGCUGUAAACACAUUUGAAUCCCUCUGUCCUUGAUGUUUUUUAAUUUGGUAAUAAAGCCAAGAUUUGCACUUUAAGUUGAAGUUAAAAUCCCACCCCUUCUGAUGCAUUCUUAAAAACCAUCAACCUCAGCUGUCACUGGUGCUUUAGAAAAGUUACAACCUAUACAAAAAUACAACCUAUCAUGAGAACAGGCAGUUUAUCAUUUUGGAUUCUACCUGUUUUUUUUUGUUGGCCAAUGUAUGCACUUAGUCAGAGUACAUACAAUCAGAGUGGAGCUUGCAGGCAGUGUAGUACUGGAGACAUUUUGCAUGUCAGCUCAGUUAUUAUCACGUGUCCUCUCACUCUGUUUGUCUGAUUCAGUGCUCCACAGUAGUUUAUCUUUGAAGUUUUACUGUCGGCUGAUUAACUGUUGAUGCCACAGUACACAGGUAGUUAGUUUAAAAUCACAAGCAGGCAAUCACCUCCAAAAAAAGUGUGUUUUCAAACUACAGUUGUGGCACCAUCAUCACAUCUGUUUGGCCUGUAAACCCUCCUGAUAUGACAUCAACCCUUGAAGAGUACCUGCAUUGCUCAGAUGCAUGUUAGAUUACUGAUUUAAAAAAAAUGUCUUUGGACUAAAUAGAGACUUCUAGGAAUAAGCUUCAGAUAAAUGAUUGUAUCGCACAUCUUGAAAAAUAACAUAGUGACUCCAGUGAGAUUACUACUAACAACGAAUCAACUAAUGUUCCAGCACAGCAUGCCUAAACUGCCAUUCACCUUUACUCACCAAGUGCAGAGUUUGUCUGCAUGGACCACACAUCAGAAUAAAGAAAUCUCACCGGCUAGCUCCUUGACUCUUUGGGUUUGAAUUUAUCCUCAUUAAGGCUAGCUAAGCUGUGCAAGAAAGUCGAUUUUCAGUUGAAGGAUUGCAUUGAACUUUUAAUACAAAGUACUGUAUGCCAUUGUUGUGGAUAAUGCUGGUAUGCAUUGCUCUCUAAAUGUCUGUGAUAUGUAUAACUAUGUAAGUCAGAAAUUUGUUUGACUGUUGUAUACAGUUACUAUUUUAUCAAUAAAAGUCAGAAGAAGAUCUUUCAUCCAAACUUUAA